CGACCCGUGGCCUUAGUGCCCAUGCCUGGUGACCCUCCAUUCAACACCCGAAGAGCCUAUACCAGUGAGGAUGAAGCCUGGAAGUCUUACCUGGAGAACCCCCUGACGGCGGCCACCAAGGCUAUGAUGAGCAUCAAUGGGGACGAGGACAGUGCCGCUGCCCUGGGCCUGCUGUACGACUAUUACAAGGUUCCUCGAGACAAGAGGCUGCUGUCAGUGACUAAAGCAAAUGACAGUCAAGAAGACCCGGAAAAAAGGAACUGUCUUGGCCCCGGGGAAGCCCAGAGCAACUUGAGCGGCGGGGAGAACCGCGUGCAGGUGCUCAAGACGGUGCCCGUGAACCUGUCCCUCAACCCGGACCACCUGGAGAAUUCCAAACGGGAGCAGUACAGCGCCAGCGUGCCCGAGAGCCCGGCCGGCGUGGCCGUGUCGGGCAUCGCCGUGGUCAAGGCCGAGGAGUUCACCCCGGUGUUCAUGGCGCCGCCCGUGCACUACCCGCGGGGCGACGGCGACGAGCAGCGCGUGGUCAUCUUCGAGCAGACGCAGUACGGGGUGCCCGCCAUGGCCGGCCACGGCACCUACCUCAAGGACGACCAGCGCAGCACCCCCGACAGCACCUACAGCGAGGGCUUCAAGGACGGCGCCCCGGAGAAAUUUCGAAGUGCUUCGGUGGGGGCUGAGGAGUACAUGUAUGACCAGACAUCGAGUGACACGUUUCAGUACACCUUAGAAGCCACCAAGUCUCUCCGACAAAAGCAGGGGGAGGGCCCGAUGACCUACCUCAACAAAGGCCAAUUCUAUGCCAUAACGCUCAGCGAGACGGGGGACAACAAGUGCUUCCGGCACCCCAUCAGCAAAGUCCGGAGCGUGGUGAUGGUGGUCUUCAGUGAGGACAAGAACCGAGACGAGCAACUGAAAUACUGGAAGUACUGGCACUCACGGCAGCACACGGCCAAGCAGAGGGUCCUGGACAUUGCUGAUUACAAGGAGAGCUUUAACACGAUUGGAAACAUCGAAGAGAUCGCAUAUAAUGCCGUUUCCUUCACCUGGGACGUGAACGAGGAGGCCAAGAUUUUCAUCACCGUGAAUUGCCUGAGUACAGAUUUCUCCUCCCAGAAAGGGGUGAAAGGACUUCCGUUGAUGAUUCAGAUUGACACAUACAGUUAUAAUAAUCGCAGCAAUAAACCCAUUCAUAGAGCUUAUUGCCAGAUCAAGGUCUUCUGCGACAAAGGAGCAGAAAGAAAAAUCCGAGAUGAAGAGAGGAAGCAGAACAGGAAGAAGGGGAAAGGCCAGGCGUCCCAAACCCAGUGCAGCAACAACUCCGCCGACGGGAAGUUGGCAGCUAUCCCUCUGCAGAAGAAGAGUGACAUCACCUACUUCAAGACGAUGCCCGACCUACACUCCCAGCCCGUCCUCUUCAUCCCCGAUGUGCACUUUGCAAACCUGCAGAGGACAGGCCAGGUAUAUUACAACACGGAUGACGAGCGAGAAGGCAGCAGCGUCCUUGUCAAACGGAUGUUCCGGCCCAUGGAGGAGGAAUUCGGGCCGGCCCCUGCGAAGCAGAUGAAGGAAGAAGGGAUGAAGCGAGUGCUCCUGUAUGUGCGGAAAGAAACCGAUGAUGUCUUUGAUGCGUUGAUGUUGAAGUCGCCCACGGUGAGGGGUCUGAUGGACGCGAUAUCGGAGAAGUAUGGGCUGCCGGUGGAGAAGAUAGCCAAGCUUUACAAGAAAAGCAAAAAAGGCAUCCUGGUGAACAUGGACGACAACAUCAUCGAGCACUACUCCAACGAGGACACCUUCAUCCUCAGCAUGGAGAGCGUGCUGGAGGGCUUCAAGAUCACGCUCAUGGAGAUCUGA